CAGUUCAAGAUCGUCGAAGAGAAGGUUCAACUUGCUAUUGGUUCGAAGAUACCAACACGCAACAAGAUGAAGGUUCUUGCCCUUCUCGCUCUCCUCGUGGCCACUGCUGCGGCGGCCGGCAUGGACGCCAAGUCGCUGGACGUCAGUGGUUUCCUGAACGACAUGGCCGAAGACAUCAACACCAUGGAUGAGUCGUCGUGUGGAUGUGGUCACGGCUGCAGACCCACAAUCAUCAGGUAUCCAAUGGCCGAGAAGAACAAGUCCUCUGUCAUUCAGCCCGUCGUCGGAAACCGUGGCAACGUUGCUCUCAUCGUCUACUGGGGAACCUGUUCACCGACACACAAGGGAUACACAUGGUACAUUGACUGGGGAGAUGGCAAGAGCUCCAAGGGUUAUUACGAUGACCUUCUUCAGGUGCAGUCUCUCCACCAGUACGAUGACUGCGGCUACUUUCGAGUCACUGCCAGAUACUGCUCCAGCUACAAGAGCGCCGGAACGGAGACAAACACGCGCGGAAACUGCGACUACUACACACGAGUGAUUGACGUCACGUUCGACCCUCCAGCAGGCAUUUAAACAAGCCUUGUGCAUUACUUGUACAUGUACUUGACCUUCUGAUUAAGUGAUAAAUUAAUUAUUUUUCAAUGCCAACACACAAAUUCAGUCUGUACUAGUACAUUGGAUAGCUAUAAACCCCUUUCCCCCAAAUCCUUCAGAGUAUUGAGUGCGGUCUAGAUUGGACGCCUAUCUAGCAGGUAUACCUGCCUGAGAGACUGUUUGCUUAUACCAUUUAUUCAUCAACAACACAACACAACAAUACUUACUAAAAAGAAGGCGUGCUUUCGUCUGCACCGCUCUAAACGCAA